AUGCAAAUGGCAGAUCACACCCGCCCUGUCCUUACCAUCGGCGCGGAUCUAUCGGGCCUCACUGUUGGACGACUAUUAACAAACAAUGGGAUUGCGAAUAUCGUCUUCGAGGUUUCUCCGCCGGAACGUAGCCAGGGAUUUGCCAUUUCCCUGCACGACUGGGGAUGUUCUCGAUUGCUCGAGGCUCUCGGUGGGCUGUCCCUCCGGACUGUGACCAAGGCCGUGGCGCCUGACCGCUUCAUCGGUGCAGUCAUGCGUGCGAAUCGCAAUGCCUUGCGGGCCUGGAUGGCUGACUAUGGGGAUGACGAGCUGGAUGUGCGAUACGGACAUCGGCUCAAGAACAUCUCGGGGUCGGUCGUCAACAUGCAGGCAGUCUUCGAGAAUGGAGCUGAAUAUCACGGCUCGGUCGUGAUUGCUGCUGACAGGGUGCAUUCAGCAGUGCGCUCCCAGGUCCUGCCACACAUAGUCCCGGAAGUGUUGCCCAUGGUGGCCUACCACGGCGAGUUCCAGGUGUCGCGCGAAGAGUACGACCGCCAUGUGCGCCCUCUCAUCGGCAACGCUAACAUCCUUGCCGGCGUGGGCGACGGGUUCAAUACGCCCAUCACGGUCUGCAAUAUUACUAAGAUUCAGGUGCAUCUCGACUGGUCAUACUCCCGGCCGGCUCGUGGCGAGAAUGACCCUUUAUUCAAUGCCAAGGCGCCGGAAAACCAGGCACGAGAUCUGCCGCUGGCGCUGCUGGAAGAGCUGGCGUCGCUGCAGCUCGCGGAACCGUGGGCACAGUACAUAAAUCCGGAGACCAUCCAGCAACACUCGGUGUUCCACUGGAUUAGUUGGUGCGUGUACAUGCCGCCUGACGAUGCGCUGCGUGCGGUACAGGCAGACGUGGUGUUCAUCGGGGACGCGUGGCAUGCGAUGCCGAUCUUCAGUGGCGAGGGCGGCAACCAUGCGCUCGUGGACAGCGUCGAACUGGCGGCAGCAAUGGUGAAAGAGGCUAACGUGGAGCGGGCAGUGGCACUGUAUUAUGAGAGGGCCGUGCGGCGAUGUCAGGAAGCUGUACGUCGGUCGCGAUUGCGGUUUUACGUGCUGCAUCGGCCGAUAGCAGAGUGGCGGGAUAUUGCACGGAAGCGGCUGGCUAAGGAGGCGCUGAGGCAGAAAUAUUGA